AUGCCGACAAGUCAAUUUACAGUAGAAGAAAAAUACACCUAUCUGAAUGGAUUGGGCUCUUAUCAUGAAACCGAGGCGGUUGAAGGCGCUCUCCCCGUAGGGCAGAACUCUCCUCAAAAAGUUGGACUUGGCCUCUAUGCGGAGAAGCUCUCUGGCACCGCUUUCACAGCUCCUCGCAACGAAAAUCAGCAGACCUGGCUCUACCGCAUUCUCCCAUCUGCCGCCCAGAGAGCCUUCCGGCCGUCAGCGGCUGAGCUCUCUGGAUACCCGGCAAAUGGCAAACCGGAUUAUAUCCAAGUCCCAAACCAACUACGCUGGCGGCCAUUCGAAGCCAGCGAGGACCUCGAUUUCACUUCCGGCCUUCGGCUUGUCGCCGGCUCGGGAGAUCCGACUACCAAGACAGGUCUGGCAAUUUACAUUUACGGUGCGGGAAAGCACAUGCCGCCUAAACAGGCCUUCUACUCGGCCGAUGGCGACUUUUUAAUUGUCGCCCAACAGGGCACACUUGACAUUCAGACUGAACUUGGCAGGCUUCUCGUUCGCCCCGGGGAGAUCGCGGUGAUCCCGAGAGGAAUUCGAUAUCGCGUAGACCUGCCCGAAGGGCCAAGUCGAGGAUACGUUCUUGAGCUCUUCCAGGGCCACUUUCAGCUUCCCGAGCUCGGCCCGAUCGGAUCCAAUGGUCUGGCGAAUGCACGCGAUUUUCAGGCACCUGUCGCGGCUUAUGAGGACGAUCAGUCGGAUUGGGUCAUCACGGUCAAAUUUGGCGGGCGACUUUUCGAUGCGGCGCAGGAUCACAGUCCUUUCGAUGUAGUAGCGUGGCACGGCAACUACUACCCGUACAAGUAUGAUCUUGGCCGGUUCAAUACCAUCGGAAGUAUCAGCUACGAUCACCCCGACCCUAGUAUCUUUACCGUCCUUACGGCACCGAGUCCUAUUGUAGGCACUGCAGUGGCGGACUUUGUCAUCUUCCCGCCCCGCUGGCUUGUAGCCGAAGGCACUUUCCGUCCGCCGUGGUAUCAUCGCAAUACCAUGUCGGAGUUCAUGGGAUUAAUCGCCGGUGAUUACGAUGCCAAAGCCGGCGGGCAAGAUGGCUUCCAGCCCGGCGGCGCCUCUCUCCACAACGUCAUGGCUGCACACGGGCCGGAUGAGGGGACGUUCGAAGCAGCCAGCAACGCUGAGUUGGCUCCACAAAAGGUGGGAGCGGGCAGCAUGGCGUUCAUGUUUGAGAGCUCCCUGAUGCUGGGUGUCACAGAUUGGUCCUUGGUCCGUUGUCAGCGCGUCCAGGAGGAGAAGCGGCCAGAAGGAGAAUCACGGGGUAGUCCGCCACGACCGACAGCGCCUUCGGACGCCAUCAGCACUACACAGGUUGCGCAAGAAGCCAAGUCUCCCUCGGUGAAUAACGACUCCGGAUUCACGCCGCCGGGGAGCUCGAACUAUUUCUUCAACCUCGCCGAGGAACUCCAUGUGAGCUCAGAGUCGACCACUGUGGCUGCCCAGACGCCGCGACGAAGCCACCCCCCGAGCUUUGUCAAAAUCUUGCGAAAAGUGCACGACUGGAGAUUAGACAAUGGUACCGGAGAUCUGGCACGCUUCAUUGGGUUACAGUCAUGCCUUAACAUCCUCAAGGUAUAUGGGGAGGAAGUUGGCGUGCAAUACCCCUUUCUAGAUCUUGAUACCAUUCGGGAUGACCUUAAAGCUGUUUCCCAGGAUGCCACUCUGGAUCCUAGUCCCAUGAUCGGUCACCGAGAGCAUAUUUUGAACCUACUGCUCGCCAUACUAGCUGUUCUUGAGGAUUUGAGUAUCAGCGAGCUUACCGAUGCGUUUACGCAAAAGUCAAGGCAGCACGCAACGUGCAAGUCUCAGAUGGAGACUGUUGAUGAAGACACUAUCCAAUUACUCAUGCUGAUUAGCAUAUACUACUUCAUGACGGAUCGGGAGUCUCUUGCGUGGAGGUGUAUCGGCGGUGUCCUCAGGAUACUCCAGGAGCUCGGCUAUCAUAAUUCAAAUUCUCUCCACCGAUUCAACACUGCCCAAGAGCGGACUAGAGCGGAGAAAAUUCUGUGGUCGGCGUAUAUAUUGGACCGACGGUGGAGCUUCGGUACAGGCCUCCCUUUUGCCAUUUCCGAGUCCGAUAUCGAUCACGAUGUGGAUACUUGGGAUGACUCUCUUUGUUCUGCAUACGUUAGAGCCAUGGUCGCUUAUUGUCGAAUAGCAACCGAGUGCCGAUCCUCUAUUCUUGGCCAGGGCUCAUCGAGCACGGCCCGGGAUUUCUCUGACUUCAGGGUCGUGGAGUGGAGACGUAAUUUACCCUAUUUCCUCCGGUUCAACGGCAACCGCGCCGAGUUUAAUCCCGCGACGGAGCCACGUAGCCAGUAUCGGCUCCGGCUCCUGCUCUAUCUUCGGGCCAACCAAAUGAGGAUUGUGAUACGGCGACACUCGGCUUUCCAAUCCGGACCUCGCGAUGUAGAUACCUCAAGCAUGCAGACCGUCAUCGAGGUCGCUUGCGACACCAUCCGAGUUUUGGUUACGAUGGCCCGAACUUCUGAUGUCUAUCAGGCCCAACAGAAGACAUUUAAUCACUUCCUCGAGUCAGCUCUUUCAUCGAUCCUGCUUUUUGUUGGACAUAGGAAGGACGCUAGCGAGCCAUCCUGCUCCGAGGAGCUUCAUAUGGCAAUGGGAUUGGUGAGGGGCCUUGCAGCCAAAUCUUGGAUGAUGCGGAAGCUUUGCGACAAGCUGGAGAAAUUAAAGGUUGUCCAAGCCGCUCUUAACUCAAGAACACAAAGGAGCACCGCUUUUACCGCCUCGGACUCUUCCUCCCCAAAGGAGAGUAGAGGAAACCAACCUGCCGUGGAUCGCCGAGAGUCCGCCAGCGAUAUGGAUGUGCAUAAUAUGACAGCCGGCUCGCGUAGUGACGAGGUGGACCCGUUGCCAACAGCAGCAUUCACGCCUGUUUCGGACAGCUUAUCCACUUCACGGCAUGGUGAUUCGGAGACCAUACAGUUCGCAGGCAGGGAUGAUGACAUCAAUUUACUGGAUAUAGACCCAGAACCCACGUAUACCGCAGUUAUGAGGACGCCUCAGUCAGGCCGAGCAGAGCUGGCUCCUAUGACUAACGACAGUGGAUUCCAACGUAUUACAGAGGCUUCUUAUCCGUCCCAGCCGCCGUUGACUAUGGAAUCCUCACCUUCGUUUGGCGAGUCGGGUGUGAUUGUUAGGAGUGCCGCAAAAGACCAAGUUGGGAACCUAGACACAUUUCCAUACAUUUUCUUCGCGGACAUGCAAGACUUUCUAAACGUUCAGGAUAACAUCUUUACUUUCUAA